CACCAUUUUAACUCGACUACGGAAGCACAAGGCAUGCCAGGGUGAUGCUUUUCUUGACGGUGAAUAGUGCAUGAUGAAUGUCUUCUCCAAAAACGCAUAAUGAAAGUUUUAGGACUAUUGACUGAGGGAGCGGAGCUCCAGAUGCGCCGCCCGUCUUUCACUGAGGAUGCAUCCUGUAUCACUCCACACAAAGUGGGUCAUUGAGAGCACAAAAUAAACAGGAACUUGUGCAGUCUGAAGAGAAAGGGGUUACAGAGUGCAACAGAGAAACGCUGUCAGCUGUUCUAGUGUUUUAGCUCUUCUAGCUGUUUUUAUUUCAUUUCAUUUUUUUUUAUGGGAGGAAAUGAGAAACAAAUCUUUAUAGGUGUUCAGUUCUUCAUAGAUCUGUAUAGAACUAUUCUUCUGAGUCCAAUUGAACCCAGUCCUUUCUUUAUGCAGAGCUGCUAUGGUUUAGUCAUCACAUUUAUGGAUUUUGAAACUCCAGCAAUUAUGAGAACCUGAAAAGUAAGCUUUCCUGAUAUAAAAAAAAAAAGUCAGCAGUCAGACCAAAUGGCAGUAAAAUUCUCCCAACAGAAAAGCUACUACACUGAAGGAGAAAGGACAUGGGGCAUGAAAGACGCUCGUUUGCUUUCGUUUAACUUUGACCUGUGAAUUCGCGUGCGUCAUUCUGUGAACCAGCAGAAAAAAGGUGGCCGGGCCGGGCUAUUUAUGCUGUUGGGAUAGAGCCGUCUUGUCCACCCACAUACACUAGGGAUGGUUUUGUGGUAAAAUUCAUUUUAUUCUCUCGGUAUAGCAUUUUCUCAUUAACAAUGUUGGCACCUCUGCUUUAUGUGCUUGUGUCUCUUUUGGUACACGAUAAUGGGCAAAGGUUUUUGGACACCUGAGCGUCGUACCUAUAUUUGGUUCUUCCCAAAACUUUUGCCACAAAGUCGUAAGCACACAGUUGCAUAGGAUGACUUUUGUGUAUUCUUUAGGAGUACAAUUUCCCUUCAUGUUCCAGCAUGACUGUGCCCCUAAUGAGCUCCGUGAGUAGACAUGGUUUGCCAAGGACUGAGUGGAAGACUUGUGUCCUGCAUCGAGCCUUCACCUCAACCCCAUUGAACAGCUUUGGGAUGAACUGGAACACAGACUGUACCCCAGGCCUCCUCACCCAAUGUCAGUGCCUGACCUCGCUACUGCUCCUCACUUGUGACUGAAUGGACACGCAUCCCCACAGCCCCCGAGCGUUCUCAGAAGAGUAGAGGUUAUUAUAACCAGAAAAUUGGAUGUUCAAAAAGCACAUGUGGGUGUGAUGGUCGGGUUUCCACAUUCUUUUGGCCACGUAGUUGAAUUUUCCACUGGACACUGUGUCAUGGCCGACUGCCCCCACACAAUCGGCGUGGAGUUCGGAACGAGGAUCAUCGAGGUGAGCGGGCAGAAGAUCAAGCUGCAGAUCUGGGACACGGCAGGGCAGGAGCGCUUCAGAGCCGUGACACGCAGCUAUUACCGGGGUGCUGCCGGAGCGCUCAUGGUGUACGACAUCACCAGGAGAAGCACGUAUAACCAUCUCAGUAGCUGGCUUACGGAUGCCAGGAACCUCACCAACCCCAAUACUGUGAUCAUUCUCAUAGGUAACAAAGCAGACCUGGAAGCUCAGCGAGAUGUGACGUAUGAAGAAGCCAAGCAGUUCGCUGAGGAGAACGGUUUGCUGUUUCUGGAAGCCAGUGCAAAAACAGGCGAGAAUGUGGAGGAUGCUUUCCUGGAGGCGGCGAAAAAGAUUUACCAGAACAUUCAGGACGGCAGCCUGGACCUGAACGCGGCCGAAUCAGGGGUCCAGCACAAGCCGUCUGCCCCGCAGGGCGGCAGGCUAACCAGCGAAGCACAGCCUCAGAGGGGAGCAUGUGGCUGCUAAUGACCAACACUACUCACUCGACCUUCUCAUCCCUGUUCACCUCUCCCUCCUCCUCCUCUUCUAUCACUCCGCCCGGCCUCGUCCUUUCCCAACUCGCAGGGGGGUGUGAGCAGGGGCCGACGAACGGAGGCAACUACACACAGACUCGACUGUUUGUCCGUGACUCUCCCCCGCUCCAUCACUUUCUCUUUCACUUGAUAACCGCUUUGUCCUUUUCCUUCCCUCAUGCUCUGCCUGAGUAUCGGCCGAUAUCCGAUACCCGUCAGAGGUGCGAGAAGCACGAUGGCGGCGUGAUGGUGUUUAAUCAGCGAUCUGUUGCGUCAGUCGACACCACGAAUGUUCAAAAAGCAUCCAUCGGAACAGAAAUCGAUUCCGAGACAGUAUUGACCGUAAUACCGGUACUCAGGAUCAGACGGUACGUCCAUACUAGCAGCAGAAUCCCGUCAGAUUAACAGUGUGUGUUGUUAUUAUAGCGUGUUCAUUGUUUGGGGAUGUUUGAGUCAAUUCUCUCUCUCUCUCUCGACACUUUACGAAAAGGCACUUCUCCUCGCUUAAUCUUUUACAAGAUUCCCGAUUUUUUUGUGCUGGGCCUCAGUUUUCCCUUCUCAAACCAGCAUUUGAUUUGUUGCCUUAUGAUUCAUGUUAUUAUUCUAGCCAUCACUGAUUAAUCUUAUUCUGUUGCUCAGAAUUAAACAUGCAGUUUUACAUGGUUGAGAGAGGUGUUUUUUUUUUGUUUUUUUUUUAAUUUUAUGAUUUGGUCUCAGUGUGACAGGAAACAGCUUCGUUCGUGAAAUGCCGUGUGGUAGAUGCGCUUGCUCUGGCUGUAAAUUUGACCUGCAGCUGUGCUAUAGGCUUGUACAGAAACACUGCAGAUCAGAAAAGGUAUAAAUCCACACCUGUGGCGUUGGAGGGAAGAGGAGAUCAGUGUCGGUUUCACUCAGCGUACCGUAUAAAACACUUACUCAGCAGCUGUAUAUAUGGCUAAAUAUGUCGGGGGCGGGGUUUAGAGCAGCACUCUUUCAGUUGUACAGCGGCUACGUGAGUCACUGGUAACCUUUGACUAGGAAAUUCUUUAACAUUUUCUAUGACUAAACGUGUGUGUGUCUAGACACUCUCUCGCUUUGCUUACAGGGUGUUCAGGUUCAAUUCCACCACGCACCCCCUUACAUGCGACAAAAUCCUAUCCACCUUUGACUUCAGCUCUACACUGGAAGUUCUUUAGAGAGAACGGAGAGAACGCUGCUCAAAGCCUUUGAGAAGCGAGCGGUUUCAUUAGAGGAAGUUCUUCAUGCUCCGUCCGUCUCUUCAGUGUCCGAGUAACCACUUCCGGCUGCGUCCAUCAGUCGUACGAACUUUAUACAUACGAGUACAUUUUGAAGGAGCUGCACUAACAUUAAAACGCAUUCUCACGUGUAUAAGAUUCAAAUGUUGAUAUUUUGAUUUUAAUGAUAAUAAAAUAUUCUAAACAGAAA